GCACUGGUGGGCAGCACUGGUGGGUGGGCACAGGUGGGUGGCACUGGUGAACACAGGUGGGUGGCACUUCUGGGCACAGGUAGGUGGCACUGCAGAGUGGCACAGGUGGGUGCACUGCUGGGCACAGGUGAGGGCACUGCUGGGAACGGGUGGGCGGGGCUAGUGGGCGCACUGCUGGGCGGAACUUGCGGGUGUCACUGCUGGGCACCGAUCAUCAGGGCACUGAUCAUCAGUGCCCUGAUGAUCGGUGCCGAUCCCCGCUCUGACAACUGCCGGUUCUCGGCAGUACUUUCCUCACGAUCUGACAGCGUGAGGAAAGUGCAGCCGAGAACCGGCACUUGC